AUACUACAUUAUCUGAACCGGUUGAUAACUUACAUUGAUUUUGUUCUUGUUUUGUAAGCAUAGAAGAAAUGGACUCGCUCCUCUCUUGGCUCUUCUCUUCGGAGGAAGAAGAGUUGUACAUUUUGGACUGCCUGGGUUACUUUAUGGUUUUCAUGGCAGCCUGCACUUUCGUUACUUUGCUCUUUGAAAAUGUCCCAUACGGGCGAUAUGCUACAAGCAAAUAUGGGUUUCCAGUGAAUGUCAGGUUUGCGUGGUUUGUUCAGGAGCUUCCUGCCUUCCUGGUCCCUUUCUGUUUAGUGUUCUGGACGUCAUGUGCGAAAACCUCCCAGCUGCCCAACCAGCUGCUAAUAACCAUGUAUUUCUGCCACUAUGUUCAAAGAUCCCUUAUUUAUCCAUUUCUGAUAAGAGGAGGCAAACCAACACCAUUCGCCUCAUUUGCUCUGGCCAUUGUUUUCUGUCUGUAUAAUGGAUACAUGCAGAUCAGAUAUCUGAGCCAUUAUGCUGAGUAUCCUGCACACUGGGUUACACAUCCAUGUUUCAUUGCAGGGUCUGUGCUGUGGUUUGUUGGUUGGCUGAUGAAUGUGCACUCAGACCACAUCCUGAGGAACCUGAGAAAGCCGGGAGAGACUGGCUACAAGAUUCCCACAGGCGGCAUGUUUGAAUAUGUGUCUGGAGCAAACUUCUUGGGAGAGAUAACAGAGUGGGCGGGCUUCGCUUUGGCCGGCCACUCUAUCCACAGUUCAGCGUUCGCCAUCUUUACCGCAGUGGUCCUCGCCAGCAGGGCUGUGGCCCACCACAAAUGGUACCUCAGUAAGUUUGAAGACUACCCUAAGAGUAGAAAGGCACUGAUCCCUUUUCUGUUCUGAAGACUCUGUGGGUACUGAAAGUCUAAAAAGGUGAAGGAUCAUCAUCUUGCUGAAAAGAAUAUGUCCAUAAACAUUAUCUUCUGACAGAGGAAGGCUGUGAUGUCAGAGAAGUUCUUGAAAAUGCAGAUUGAAACGUGGGUUGUGUGCGUGUAUAUGAUUUGAGCUGUAAGGGUUUUUGUUAUUGUCAUCUCUGCGGUAAUAAUAUCCAUGGAUCAAAACCACCGACAGAACAACAAACGUCUACAACCAUAAGCUGAUUUUUUUGGAGGGUUUUGCUAUGAAAAAGCAACAGCAGAAAUUAGAUACUUUAACAGGGAUAUAGUGGAUUUAUAACACUGCUCUGCACCAGCAAUAAACAAUUACACCAGCAAUAUACAGUUUUAAGACUCUCGGCUGAUCUGCAUAUUCUCACAGAUGGAACAUAAACUUCAAAGUGCAAAGCAGACACUAAAAGAUGUCACUGUCAUUCUCUCAUCAACGAAAGGCUUUUCUACUUAACUCAUCCUCUAAAGAAGAGAAGCCACUUUGGAACAGUGACCACAUCUCUGAACUAAAGACUGACACUGCAGCAGGCCAAUCAGAAGCUACUCUGCUGCAGGGACAUCAAAUGGAGAUCAAGCAUGGGCCUCAAUAACUCACCCAUGCCUGAAAUGAAAGGAGGAGAGCGUUGCCUGGGCACGUCACUGCUAACAGGGAUGCAUUUGUGUUUAUGAAGAAAAACUAAAAGAAAAAAUGAGAAAGGAAAAUACAUCUCUUUAAUGUUUUAACAUCAGUUUAACAAUGAGCCAAAAUAAGCUUCUUAUGUACCUUUUGAACACUAUGUCUGUGGUUAUUAAUCCUGUCCUUAAACAGUAGAUUAUAAACAAGUGCAAUUAUCUCUUCACGAAUUACCUUCCUUCACAAGUGACAAAAAGCAUUUUCUCUUGACACUGGUCAUUUUAAACCUUCAAGUGGAGUUUUCUACAAUAAACAUAUGAAAAAGUA